CGUGAAGCUACCUUCUACACUUGUACUGUUCUACUGAGUGAGUGUGGAAGAUUUAAAUGGUAACCAUGUCUCGGGGAUCUAUAGAAAUCCCCCUGCGGGACACUGACGAGGUUAUCGAGCUUGACUUUGAUCAGCUUCCUGAAGGUGACGAAGUCAUCAGUAUCCUCAAACAGGAACACACACAGCUGCACAUAUGGAUAGCACUUGCUCUGGAGUAUUACAAACAAGGAAAGACAGAGGACUUUGUGAAGCUGCUGGAGGCAGCACGUAUCGAUGGAAAUCUAGACUACAGGGACCAUGAGAAAGACCAGAUGACUUGUCUGGACACUCUGGCUGCUUACUAUGUCCAACAGGCACGCAAAGAGAAGAACAAGGAUGCAAAGAAGGACCUCAUUAAUCAGUCCACCCUCCUUUACACCAUGGCAGACAAGAUUAUCAUGUAUGAUCAGAACCAUUUGCUGGGAAGAGCCUGCUUUUGCCUUCUGGAAGGAGAUAAAAUGGAUCAGGCAGAUGCUCAGUUUCACUUUGUCCUGAAUCAGUCCACAAACAACAUCCCUGCACUGCUAGGCAAAGCUUGUAUUUCUUUUAACAAGAAGGAUUACAGAGGAGCUUUGGCCUACUAUAAAAAAGCACUUCGUACAAACCCUGGCUGUCCAGCUGAGGUGAGACUUGGAAUGGGUCACUGCUUUGUGAAACUCAACAAGCUAGAGAAAGCUCGUCUGGCCUUCAGUCGUGCCCUGGAGCUCAACCCAAAGUGUGUGGGUGCACUGGUGGGCCUCGCCAUCCUCGAGCUCAACAGCAAAGAGGCUGACUCUGUCAAAAAUGGAGUGCAGUUACUGUCCAGGGCUUACACCAUCGACCCAAGCAACCCCAUGGUGCUCAACCACUUGGCCAACCACUUUUUCUUUAAAAAGGAUUAUAGCAAAGUCCAGCAUCUGGCUCUUCAUGCUUUUCACAACACAGAGGUGGAGGCCAUGCAAGCAGAGAGCUGCUAUCAGCUAGCUCGUUCCUUCCAUGUUCAGGAGGACUAUGACCAAGCCUUUCAGUACUACUACCAGGCUACACAGUUUGCCUCAUCCACCUUCGUUUUGCCAUUCUUUGGCCUGGGUCAGAUGUAUGUGUAUCGUCGGGACAAGGAGAACGCUGCACAGUGCUUUGAGAAGGUUUUGAAGGCUUACCCUAACAACUAUGAGACCAUGAAAAUUCUGGGGUCCCUUUACGCCACUUCUGAUGAUCAGGAGAAAAGAGAGAUUGCUAAAGGACAUCUGAAGAAAGUUACUGAGCAGUAUCCUGAUGACGUAGAAGCAUGGAUUGAGCUUGCUCAGAUUCUGGAACAGACAGACAUUCAGGGUGCUCUCUCUGCAUAUGGCACAGCCACUCGCAUCCUCCAGGAGAAGGUGGAAGCUGAUGUGCCUCCUGAGAUACUUAACAAUUUGGGGGCUUUACAUUUUAGACUCGGGAACCUUGGGGAAGCAAAGAAAUAUUUUCUAGCUUCUCUGGAAAGAGCUAAAGCAGAAGGUGAGCACGAUGAGCAUUACUACAACGCCAUCUCGGUCACCACUUCGUACAACCUGGCCCGACUCUACGAAGCUAUGUGUGAAUUCCACGAGGCUGAGAAGCUCUACAAGGACAUUCUGAGAGAACAUCCCAACUAUGUGGACUGUUACUUGAGACUUGGAGCAAUGGCACGUGACAAAGGCAACUUCUACGAGGCGUCUGACUGGUUCAAAGAAGCCCUUCAGAUCAACCAGGAUCACCCGGACGCUUGGUCCUUGAUUGGAAAUCUCCACUUGGCUAAGCAGGAGUGGGGUCCUGGGCAGAAGAAGUUUGAGCGAAUCUUGAAGCAGCCUUCCACUCAGAAUGAUACCUACUCCAUGCUGGCACUGGGCAAUGUGUGGCUGCAGACGUUGCACCAGCCUACCAGGGAUCGGGAAAAGGAAAAAAGACACCAGGAUAGAGCCUUAGCAAUAUAUAAGCAAGUCCUGAGGAACGAUGCUAAAAAUCUGUAUGCUGCUAAUGGUAUAGGAGCUGUCUUGGCCCACAAGGGUUAUUUUCGUGAAGCACGUGACGUGUUUGCCCAGGUCAGGGAGGCGACGGCCGAUAUCAGUGACGUCUGGCUGAACCUGGCACACAUUUAUGUGGAGCAGAAACAGUACAUUAGCGCCGUGCAAAUGUAUGAGAACUGCCUGAAGAAAUUCUACAAGUACCAAAACACUGAGGUGCUGUUGUACCUUGCACGGGCACUCUUUAAGUGUGGAAAAUUGCAAGAGUGCAAACAGAUGCUGCUCAGGGCUCGACACGUGGCACCCAACGACACCGUGCUGAUGUUCAACGUGGCACUGGUACUGCAGAGACUGGCUACACUGGUGCUGAAGGAUGAGAAGAGCAACCUGAAAGCUGUACUGAGUGCCGUAAAGGAGCUUGAGCUUGCUCACAGGUACUUCAGCUAUCUCGGUAAAGCAGGAGACAAGAUGAGAUUCGACUUGGCACUUGCUGCAAGUGAAGCAAGGCAGUGCUCAGACUUGCUGAGCCAAGCGCAGUACCAUGUGGCCCGGGCCCGUAAACAGGACGAGGAGGAGAAGGAACUGCGUGCCAAGCAGGACCAGGAGCGAGAACUGCUGAGGCAGCAGGUCCUCCGUGAACAGGAGGAGAGGAAAAACAAGGAGGCUGAGGAGCAGAAGAAGCUAUUGGAGCAAAGAGCGCAGUAUGUGGAGAAGACCAAAAACCUCCUUACCUUCACAGAGUCGAUGAAGGAGUCUAACAAAGAGAAGAAGAGAGGUGGUGGACGGCGCAAAAAAGGUGCAGAUUUCGAUGACUUUGUUAAUGAUGACUCUGAUGAAGACCUGCCCAUCAGGAGGAAGAAAAAGAAGCCAGGUCGCAGCGAACAGGAGGAUGAAGGAGAAGAGGGAGAGAAGAAGCCACGCAAGAAACGCAGAAGACCAGCUAAAGCUGAAGAAGAUGGCAGUGACGACGAGGACGGAGAAUCAAGACCCAAAAAACAACGCAAACCCAAAGAACGCAAGAAGGCAGUAAAUACACCUAAACCAGAGCGCAUGCCACCUUCUUUUAAAGGGAAGAUCAAAUCCAAGGCUAUCAUUUCCUCCUCUGACUCUUCGGAUGAGGAUGGACUGAAAAUAGCAGAGGACAGGAACCGGGACAGCGGCUCCGGCUCGGACGACAGCGGCCACCAGAAACGCAUCGCUUCAGACAGCGAGUCGGACCACGGAGAUCGUAACCGCUCCGCAAACUCGGACGACGAAUCCGGCAGCGAGCGGCCGGUAAAGAAGCGAGCCUUACCUCAGUCGGAUUCUGAGCAGUCGGACAACGGGGGCAAGAGGAGCCGCUCCGAAUCUGAGGAGGAGUCACGGGCCGGAUCUCCUGCGCCAGCUUCGGAUCAGGGUUCCGACAAUGAGGGGUCGCCACGACGCUCGGAAAACGAGUCUGGGCCCGAGGGAUCUAACAACGAGGCCUCCAACCGAGGCUCUGACGAAGACAGUGACUGAGCUUAGCAGCAGGAAUGUGGUUGUAAUGACGCGAGAGGCUCUGAGCCAUUUUUUAUUUUAGCCCAUGUUUAGCGUAGGUUGCUAUAACGUUACUUUUUGGGACAGAUUUAUCAGCAGGAUGAGCAGACAGUGCUCUAAUUUGCUUUGUGUUGUCAUCGGAAACAAUGAUUUCAUGAUUUGGUGGAUAUUACAAGAUAAACUGUGGUUCUUAAAUAUUCCGAGUGUGUUUGUGCUGUAUGGAAAGAAUGAAUCAUUUUGAAACUGUUCUGCACACUUUCCUGUUUUUUUACUUUCCUGAAAAGACCCUGUUUAUAUCUGCCUGUUGGAAGUGGACUGUGGUCAGGAUUAAAUCUAUUCCACAUGCUUUUACCCUGUCGUCGGUUCGAAACCCAUUUUAGUCUUACAAUAUUCAAAUCAGCUCAUUUCAUUUGACCACAAACCCAAAAGCAAAUGAAUUGUUUUAAAUUUCAUUAAUUAUUAACUGCUUUAUUCUGAUCAGGGUCACACAGGGAAACGGUGGGUGCAAAAGGCAGGUGCACCCAGGACAGAUCGUCCAUCCCUCGCAUCCCUUGGACGGCAGGCUGGUCUACAGCGGUGGUGGGCUAGAAUAAUGGACAGCUGCACCACCCAAGCUCCAUAAGUGCAAAGGUGUAAAGUAGAAAUUCUUCAAUACUGUACUUAACUAUGUUCUGGGAAAGGGGGGUAGUAUUGAUGCUUUACUUUAAUAAACUCAUUAUUUGA